AUGAUGAAGCUGAUUGGUCUGUUAGGAUGUCUGUGCGUCUUCGCCCACGCCCUUCCACCGGAUAAGAAUCUUCAAGGCCUUCACAUCAUAAAAACAAGGAGCAUAGAUCUUAACAACGCACAUACUCUCACCCUGGAAACCAGAUUACCCAAAGCCGUAAAACCAAACAGCUAUAAUAUAGAACUGGAACCAUAUUUAGAUGAUGCAGUAUUCAAUGGUCGGGUUCAAAUCAAUGUUACCUGGCUUGAGGAUUCUGAUGAAAUCAGUCUCCAUUGCUCACAUGAUCUUGAGGUGACGGAGCAUAAAGUUGUGCUUCGAAAUGGGGAAAAACUUGAAGUAGUAGGUGUAAAAGAGAUGAAUAUGGACGCGAAGAAGCCCAUACUAACUCUACUAUUGGAAAAAACAGUGCCUAAAUCAUCCAAAGGCGAGCUGAUUUUUAGUUUUAAAGGAAGGAUGCAAACAGCUUCAAUGGACGGCUUUUUCAAGUCUUCUUACAAAACGGAACAGGAUGAAGAACGGAUGGUAGCGGGCACCCAACUUCGUCCAAACAACGCAAGGCAUCUAUUCCCAUGCUUCGACGAACCCGGCUACAAAACACCAUUUGAGUUGAGUAUUGCCAGACCAAAGGAUAUGGUGGCACUUAGCAAUACUCCAGUGGCCAAAACAAUGGAAAUAGAAAACGAGCCAGGUGCAGUUAAAGAUGUGUUUGAAGUCACACCUCCGAUGUCGACAUUCGCGUUUGGAUUUGUGAUUGCACAUCUAACUCAGCUUGGGAAUUCUACUCAUUACAAAGAUGACAAUGGAAAUAAUAUAGAGUUACGCGUCUGGGGUAGACCAGAAUACCUGACGGCUUUGGAAGGAACGAAUGAGAAGUUGGCUCGUGUUUUCAAAGAAGUUGCGAGUUUUUGGCAAGUCCCUUUGCCUCUGAAGAAAUUGGAUGUGGUUGCAUUACCAUACUAUCAGGGUGCGAAGCCGGCUGAUAACUGGGGACUUAUUGUAUUCAAGGAAAGCGACUUAUCAAACAGCCGAUACCAGAUAAUAGAACAAGAAGUGACAUAUCUAUGGCUAGGGGCCCUUGCCAGCCCUGAAUGGUGGAGCGGUGCAUACGUCAACAAGGGUUUGGUUGGGUACAUUGCAGUUGAUAUUGCCCAAAAGAUUAACGACUCGGAUAUCGACAGACAGUGGCCAAUAACAUUUUUAUACUCGAUAUAUUAUGAGUUCAGCAAGAGAUAUCCUCACUCCAGAAUCACAGGCUUGAAGCAGGAGACGACUUGUACCAAGAUUGAGCUUCUAUUCCGAGUUUUCAACUAUACACUAGGCGCUGAUACCUUUAAAAAGGGUAUGCGAAUGUUCAUAAGGGAAAAAGCCUUCAAAACCUUCACUGGUGAUGAUAUAUGGAAUGCAUUGAAUGCAGCGGCCCAUGAAGAUGGUAAAAUACCAAAGGGCGUCGACAUAAAGACGAUUGCUAUGAGCUGGAUUGAGCAGGAUAGACUACCUUUGGUCACAGUCAAUAGGAACUAUGAUAAGAAUACUGCCCAUGUUUCUCAGAAAGUAUACCUUCGCGAGCGUCCACAUGAUGUUCCCAACGCAGAUAAAAUGAGUUGGUGGCUCCCCCUAGUGGUCAUCCGGGGUGAAAAACUGGACUUCGGUAAAACUACUCCUGUCGUAUGGAUGAAGGAAAAAGAGACAACGUUAGAGAAAAUGCCGAGCAAGAAUCACUUUAUAAUUGUCAAUCCAGAAGAAAUCGCUCCAUUCCCCGUGAACUACGAUCAAGAAAACUGGAAUCUUCUCCUGAAGUACCUUCAAAGCGAGAAACGUCUCUCCAUUCCAGCCUUAACAAGAGCGAAACUCCUUCAUGACGCCUGGAAUUUGGCCUUCGCUGGAGAACUCUCCUUCGCGACUGCACUCAACAUGACUCUCUUCUUGAACAAUGAGAAAGACCAUUUAGUAUGGGAGCCAGUGUUCACGAUGAUCGAUCACAUCGGCAGACAUAUUUGUUCAUGCAUUAAGGAGAAAUUUAGGACUUACGUUCGUACAUUCCUAAGCCCCGUUUGCGAAGAAUUCCAUCACAAAAACGAGACAGGAAGAAAAAACCUUUGUUCGUUGGCGAAGAGCUUCCUUUGCCAGGCUGGGUAUAAGCCUUGUAUAGAAGAGGCACGAGAAGCAUAUACAAAGUGGAUGGAGAUGCCCAAUCCGGAUGAAGGGAAUCCAAUGCCCAACCCAUAUAUAUGUCCAGUCUUUAAAUGGGGAACGAACAAGGAAUGGGAAUUUGGUCUUCAAAGGGUGAUUCACUUCCCAUCCUCAAGGAAACAGAGCGAACGAACAUAUCUUCUAAAAACCUUGGCAGGUUGUCCCAUAGAUGAGUACAAAAUUCAUCGACUUUUAAAUGUAACAAUCUUGGAGGGGAAUGGCAAUUUCACUGAGAGGGACCUGUUCCUCAUCUUCAGUAUGCUGACUGGUGAUGAAGCUGGGUAUACAGCGCUGUACCAUUUCCUGGACAACAACUGGGACUUCUUGAAGGAGAAAUUUGCUCCGAAAACCAAUUUAUGGGACAGCCUUAUUUUAUCAGCAACAGGUGAAUUUAAGACCCAAACUGGUUUGGAUUUAGUUUCAAAGCUCUACGUUUCACAUCAAGGAGAAUUCGCUUCAGCUGAGCAUAUUAUAGAAAAAUCAAUGAGGAAUAUCCGAGAGGAAGUCAAAUGGUCCACAGAGAAUAUUCCCGUCAUAGAAAAAUGGCUGGAUCAUUACAUAGCGACUCAUGAUGUCAGGGUCGAACAUUUUAUUAAAAAUUAA